AUGAAAAAAAAUAUUACUAAUAAUGACAAGAGACUUAAAAGUGCAGUAUAAUUCAAAUUUCAAGAGUUCUUGAGUUUAAAAUCUGAUUAAAUUACAACUACCAGAUUAUAAACUGGCACAACAACAUCUAGAAAUAUUGAAGAUAUUACAAGACCUUAAUAUUCAGAACCAAAAUUUCUAGGAAUUUUGAGAAGAGUUAGUUCUUAAAUCAGUGUUGAUAAACCAAUUGAUGAUGUUCAUUAAUCUUAAAAUUAGUCAAUAAAGGCUAUCAGUUCAGAAAGAACGUAAAAAGUGUGACUAUUACAAAAGU